AGAACUCUCCAGCUUGGGAGUCUCGUGUUGUAAACUUCCGCUUCUCAGAAAACCUUGGUUUAUCUGCUAGUUAAAAAUAUAUGCAUUUCAUUUCUUUUGUAGUGCUAGGUGUUGUCUAUUGUGUGGAUUAAUAAAAUAGUAUUAUAGUUGAUUGUAGAAAGUCGACAGACAACAGUGAAAAUAAGAGUACUAAAAUGUACCACAAAGGCGGCGACGGCAAACCUAAAGGGUUUGGCUUCGGUGGAUUUGCUUUGAAACAAACUGGCGGCUCGUCAUCACAGUCUCAACCCUUGACACCUGCUUCAGGAUUUGCAGCUAUGGCUAUGGGGAUGGGAAGUACGUCAAACAGAUAUGCUCCUCCUGGUCGCACUUUGGGAUAUCACACAAGUCUGGGGAAGCGCCGUGUUAGGAGCGAAGAAGAAUAUUUUGAAGACGAUGAAGAAGAAAGUGAAGCAUCGGGGAACAUGGCCUAUCAGCCAGCUCCUGGCAGUCCAAAUGCUAAGAAAAAGGAUAAAGAGGAAAGUGAUGACUCUGAAGAUGCACUGGAUGCUUACAUGGCAGAUCUUGAGAAAGAAAUUGAGGAAGAAAAGGAGGAAGAAGAAGAUGGAAAGAAAAAGCAAGAAAAAGGUGUACGGGAUGACAUUGAUAAAGAAGAUGAAAUGGAAGAAUAUCUUCGCUACAUGGAGGAGAAUCCUAUGGCUGGGGUGAUACAGGAUGAAGAGGAUGAUAUGCAGUAUGACAGUGAUGGCAAUCCAAUUCCUAGUGAGAAAAGCAAGAUUAUAGAUCCACUACCACCCUUAGAUCACUCUGAGAUUGAAUAUGAGCCAUUUGAACGGAACUUCUAUGAAGAACAUGAAGAGAUCAAGAAUCUGACACGUGAUAAAGUGGAUGACCUGAGAAGAGCUCUUGGUAUAAAGGUGUCUGGACUGGAUCCCCCUAAACCAGUUAGCAGCUUUGCCCACUUUGGUUUUGAUGAGAAAUUGCUUGGAGCUAUCCGCAAGUCAGAGUACAGCAAACCCACCCCAAUCCAAGGGCAGGGAAUUCCUAUUGCUAUGUCUGGUCGUGACAUCAUUGGCAUUGCGAAAACAGGUAGCGGGAAGACUGCAGCCUUUGUGUGGCCAAUGCUUAUUCACAUCAUGGAUCAGAAAGAACUCCAGCCAGGUGAUGGGCCUAUUGGGUUGAUCCUUGCACCCACAAGAGAAUUGUCACAACAGAUUUAUCAAGAGGCCAAAAAAUUUGGCAAAGUGUUCAACAUCAAAGUGGUGUGUGCAUAUGGUGGUGGCAGCAUGUGGGAACAGACCAAGGCAUGUCAAGAGGGCGCUGAAAUCAUUGUGGCGACGCCAGGUCGGCUCAUAGAUCUGGUGAAAAAGAAGGCUACAAAUCUUAGGCGUGUUACAUACCUUGUCUUUGAUGAAGCUGACAGAAUGUUUGAUCUUGGUUUUGAACCACAGGUGCGAUCCAUUGCCAACCAUGUUCGCCCAGACAGACAAACCUUGUUGUUCAGCGCCACCUUUAGAAAGAAGGUGGAGAAAUUGGCACGUGAUAUUCUGGCAGACCCAAUACGUGUUGUUCAGGGAGAAGUUGGAGAGGCCAAUGAAGAUGUGAGCCAAUCUGUUGAGGUCCUUCCAUCCUCUGGUCCAGCCAAGUGGACUUGGCUUGUCCGCAGAUUAGUGGAGUUCACAUCAUCUGGAAGUGUGCUUAUCUUUGUGACAAGGAAAGCAAAUGCUGAGGAGUUAGCCACACAGUUGCGAGCCAGGGACUUCCCAUUGGGUCUCUUGCAUGGUGACAUCAGCCAAAUGGAGAGGAAUGAAAUUAUUUCUUCAUUCAAAAAAAAGGAGUUCCCCAUUUUGGUUGCUACAGAUGUUGCAGCUCGAGGCUUGGACAUCCCACACAUACGCACAGUUAUCAACUAUGAUGUCGCCAGGGACAUCGACACACAUACCCACAGAAUUGGUCGAACUGGCAGAGCAGGAGAAAAGGGUUAUGCAUAUACACUCAUCACCGACAAGGACAAGGAGUUUGCUCCACUUUUGGUUCGAAACUUAGAGGGUGCAAACCAGUAUGCACCUCCUGCUCUUUUAGACCUCGCCAUGCAGUGUCCAUGGUUCAAGAAGACAAGGUUCAGGAAAGGCCAAGGCAAGUCACUUGGAGGUCGUGAACUUGGAGUCAAAGCAAGACCUGGGCUGGGAUCAGAAAGUGCUACCCGUUUGCAAGACUCCACCAGCUUCAGCAGCUUUCGACGUGGUGUUGGACUAGGGGGUCCCCAGAGUGAUCGACUGUCAACUAUGCGUAAUGCCUUUGCUGCUCAGUUCAAGUCCUGUUUUGUGUCAGCACAGCAAGAGGAAAAGAAGCCUUUAACAGGCGUCAUACUGCCCCCAGUUUCUCAGAAACCUGGUGAAAUGAUGGAACCUAUCCAUAUGCGACCUAACAGCAGUCUUUCUGAAUCUGCAGAGGCAAAAAAGAAACGAAAGAGUAGAUGGGACUGAGAGAGAACAGCAGGCGAGUGAGCAAGAGAGAAUGAGAGCGAGUGAGGAUGUGGGGAGAGAGGGGAACCUGUGCAUUACAAGACAUUAUUACAUAGAAAUCCCCACUCAAGACAAUAUUGGUGUUAAGUGCAUUAGCAGUUGAUGUUUUUUAAUUUGAUGUGCUGAAUUAGUUUUGAUCAGCUUUAAAGCUGCAGUUUUGACUUAUUAUGUCUGAUGGCUUGAAUCAGAUGUUUACUGGUAAUCUUAUGAGCCAUACCAUCAUAGCUAGAACAUCAGCCUCCAAAAAAGUAAAUAAAAAUAUAAAACAUU